AUGUUCCAUAUCCGAAACAAACGCAAACAAAGUGCUGAUAAAACUAAUUCAGUAGCAGCAUCCGUCACUGGAACACCAAGUCCAAGCAUGCGUUCCGAAAGACGCUACUCGUUGCGUAGGGUACCAUCUCAACUCUCAAACAUGCUUAAAUCCAUCGACCUUCAUCACCAUGGCAACCAUAGCAAUAAUGGGAGUGAUUCUCACCUUCCACAAGUUGAUAAUACCAAUGGAAGGACUUCCCGACGACAAUCCAUGACCAAAGCCACCAUUGCCAAGAUUAGUUCAUCGACUGAACAACGUUUCAACAAGCUGCUUCGACACACGACGAGACGAGGUAGCCAUCAACAAGAACAGGAACAGCAGCCAUCUCAUUUGCCACUGCCUCGUGUGAAGAAAGAUCCAUUUUUUAAUCCAAAACGGGCAUCAUGGUCUCCUUUUGGGAAUGAACGAUGGCCCACUUUGGUGCAGGUGAAAGAAAAUGUUGCAGCUACAGAUGAUACGAAAGCAACAGUUCCCUCCACACCUAGGUUACCACCAUUGGAAGAUCAAUCCUCUUUUUUGCUCGAUGUCCCAAGCUCAUCCGUAUCAGUUACCAAUAGCACUGAAAGCAGCAACUCAAUUUCGAAUAUCAAAAAGCGUCGUAAUAGUAGUGCUAUUCGCCACCAUGACACCAACGGCGAUACUUCUUGUGCAGCUUGUCUUGCUAGUAGUCGUCGAAAGCAACCAUGUCAUUCUUCUGAGAAAAUUAUUGAGAGCGCCGAAAAGACAAUGAAUGUCAACAAUGGUGCCACAAAUGAUCACCAUCCACAACAGUAUACCAUGGCGGAAAAGCAGCAGCAGCAGCAGCCCUUAGUUCAGGAGGUGAUGAUACCAACCACCACCCCGAUGCUGUCACAACAACAUCCAGCAGCAGCAGCCACACCAUCAUCAAUGACAACACAGCCACCACCACCAAUUCAUAGCACCAAUGUACAAGAAGCAGAAUCAUCCAAUUCGGAUGAAAAACGUGUAGGUGACGUGAACAGCUUGCCUGCUAGCGUUGUCAUUUUGCAGGCCAUUUCGGGCAACGACAAUCAUGCAGCUGCUAUUCUCGUGUCACCUUGUGUCAAAAAAGAAUCGCCAUCCUCAUCUUGUCCCGAUAACACAUGCCAACUUGCACAAAACAUUGUACAAUGCAUUCAGCUUGUCGAUCAAGUUGAACCGGCAAAAGAGCCACUUUUCUCUUUUCGAUCUUGCCUCAUAUCUCAUGAUGGUGGUGUUCAUAUCGACGACCAUAAGCAAAAGGUCCAAGCAUGUCAAUCACUUUUGAAGCAACUCCAUAGCAGUAAAACACUACAGCCUGCAUCACAAGCUUCAUUUUCCUCGACUUGGUCUUUAUUGUAUCCCGCGCUUUGGUUGGGUGGUACUAUGGCUGCAGGUAGUAUAGUGAGCGAGCAUGCCAAGACAGGUCAUAUCGUCAUUGCUGGCACGUGCAUCGCCAACGACCACUCUUUAUUACCCAAGGAGCAUCGUCGUGACACUUUAUCAAGCCCCCUUUUGCAUUACGUGCUUUUAAUCACCCAACAAGAACGCACCACAAAGUUUGCAAAAUGUUCACCUGACCAGUGGAUCCCUGAUCACGAUGCACACCAAUGUCAACUAGCUUCUUGCCAGACCCAAUUUACACUUUUCACACGUCGCCAUCAUUGUCGAAGUUGUGGACAUGUUGUUUGCGGCAAGCAUAGUGCAAACAAGUCAUUACUAUUUGAUGAUCAAGACAAGAGUGAAUGGUGUCGCGUAUGCGACGAAUGCUUCUACCGUUUUUUAUCCAACGUAUAA